ACAUCAAUAAAUCAGUCAAUCAAAAAUUUGACAUCAAUCAACGUCCAACUUGUCACUCAAGCCAUGGCCAGCUACGACCGGGCCAUAACAGUAUUUUCGCCAGACGGUCAGCUCCUGCAAGUCCAGUAUGCCCAGGAAGCUGCCAGGCGAGGGUCGGCAGCGGUCGGCAUAAGAGGAGACACCUGCAUCGUGAUUGCAGUGGAGAAGAAGACGAUAGGACAGCUGCAGGAUGCGAGGUCGGAGAAGAAGAUCGUGGCGCUCGAUAACCAUGUCAUGAUGGCUUUCGCGGGGUGGAAGGCCGAUGCCAGGAUACUUAUAUCGAGAUCCCAAAUCGAAUGCCAGUCCUACCGCCUCACAGUAGAAGAUCCGGUUUCCAUAGAGUACAUCACGAAGUACAUAGCAGAGAUGAAGCAGCAGUACACGCAGAGUAACGGACGGAGGCCUUUCGGUAUCUCCUGUCUCAUCGGAGGGUUUGAUUAUGAUGGACAACCUCAUCUGUUCCAGACGGAACCUUCGGGAAUUUAUUUUGAAUGGAAGGCUAGCUCGAUCGGCAGAUGCGACAAGUCAGUGAGGGAGUUCCUGGAAGAGAAGUACACGCCUGCGCUGGUGGCCACGGAGAAUGGUGCUGUCAAACUGGCCAUCAAGGCCCUGCUUGAAGUUAUACAGUCUGGGCAGAAGAACUUACAGGUGGCAGUAAUUACAAAUGGUAAGCCUAUGAAGCUGUUGGAUGAAGACCUUGUGGCGUCCAUAUCAGCUGAAAUAGCUCAUGAAAAGGCGAAAGCCGAAUCUGACAAGAAAAAGAAAUAGUACUUUUAAAACGGACUUUUGUAAAAAACAAGUAAAAAUAAAAUUAGUUAAUAAUUUAUUAUAUAAUAUUGUUAGUUUUAGAUAAUGGCGUGUUGUCGUGUUGUAUUGUUGUUAUUGUAUUAAUUAAAUAUUCUUUUUUUUAAUA